ACCAUUGUCGAGACGCUCCCUCCCUUCCACAGCCCAAACACCCGCCCCAUUUCCGUUGUGUUUGGUCCGCGCUGCUAAGGCAAGCGGGCCCGCACGCCUCGUCGACCUGUCAUUAGGGAGCUGAGCUCGGCCUCAGGAGCCGGUGAGAUGGCGGCUGCCGGCCCUUCUGGGAGCGGGAUGGCUCAAAAGACGUGGGAGCUGGCCAACAACAUGCAGGAGGCGCAGAGCAUCGAUGAGAUCUACAAAUACGACCGCAAGCAGCAGCAGGAGAUCCUGGCGGCCAAGCCCUGGACCAAGGACCACCAUUACUUUAAGUAUUGCAAGAUCUCUGCUCUGGCCCUCCUGAAGAUGGUGAUGCAUGCGAGAUCGGGAGGCAAUCUGGAAGUGAUGGGCUUAAUGCUGGGAAAAGUAGAUGGUGAAACUAUGAUCAUCAUGGACAGCUUUGCUUUGCCAGUAGAAGGCACAGAAACGCGAGUUAAUGCUCAGGCUGCUGCAUAUGAAUAUAUGGCUGCGUAUAUUGAAAAUGCGAAACAGGUUGGUCGCCUAGAAAAUGCAAUUGGUUGGUAUCAUAGCCACCCUGGCUAUGGCUGUUGGCUUUCAGGAAUUGAUGUCAGCACUCAAAUGCUUAACCAGCAAUUUCAAGAACCUUUUGUGGCUGUGGUUAUUGAUCCAACAAGGACAAUAUCUGCAGGAAAAGUAAAUCUUGGAGCUUUUAGGACAUAUCCCAAGGGCUACAAACCUCCUGAUGAGGGUCCUUCUGAAUAUCAGACUAUCCCUCUAAAUAAGAUAGAAGACUUUGGAGUGCACUGCAAACAGUAUUACGCAUUAGAAGUCUCUUAUUUCAAAUCCUCUUUGGAUCGUAAGUUGCUUGAACUUCUGUGGAACAAAUAUUGGGUGAACACUCUUAGUUCAUCUAGUUUGCUUACUAAUGCAGAUUAUACGACUGGGCAAGUAUUUGAUCUAUCUGAAAAAUUAGAGCAGUCAGAAGCACAACUAGGACGAGGAAGUUUCAUGUUGGGUUUGGAGUCCCAUGACAGAAAAUCAGAAGACAAAUUAGCCAAAGCAACAAGAGACAGCUGCAAGACCACCAUAGAAGCAAUACAUGGAUUGAUGUCUCAGGUUAUUAAGGACAAACUUUUUAAUCAAAUUAACAUUGCUUGAAGUAUAUUGCCAGCUGAUAUGUAUCUUCGGAACAGAGAAAGACAUACCCACUCGGACUUGUUCCAUUUAGAACUGAAGCCAACAUGGAAACCUUCAGUUAAUUUAUAGUACUUUAAAUCAUCUCUGCCAUCUCUUUGCCCAGUUUUAAGAAGAGUGCUCUGAAAUUUAUUGUAACUGCUCUUUACCAUGAAGUUUUGGUUCAAAAGAAGAGUAAAUGUGACUGUUUCUGGAUUCAGGAAGUUUAGAAUUUAUCUAUUUGUCAAUCUACAAUAAAGUUCUUUUUAAAACGGC